UUGUACGAAAUAAGAAAUUGCUUAGUCCUGCUAGCAAUUUUAAUUAAAACUACCAUAGAAAAUCUACAAAAUUUUGUUAUAAUACUUGUAAUAAGUACAUGUUAAUGCUAUCCUCAUAACAUGUCUCUGUUUCGUAAACCAAAGAAAAUACAGAGACGCGUAUUUUGUGGCGACGAUGACGACGACGGAGACCCUGAACCGCCACCGCCGCCGAUUAUUAGUCAAAAUAAGAAAGAAAAUAAACCUGUUAAAAGCAUUCAGUUACUCAGCUUCGCGGACGAAGAGGAGGAUGGUGAGGUAUUCAAAGUGAAAAAGUCAUCACAGAGUAAGAAAUUGGCUAAGCGCAGGGAGAGGGAGAAGCGUCGAGGUCCUGAUAAUGAUGAUACUAACAAAUUUGACAGUAACGGUGACCAGGAAAGGCAAGAAGAGAAAGUUACAGAGAAACCUAAGAAGAAAGUGACUCUGGAGGGGCUGAUCCUGUCAGGGCGGGAGGCUCUGGCCGCGGAUGGGGACGGGGACCUGUCCUCGAGCGAGAACGAGGAAGACAGUAGGGGUUUUCACCGAUACCGCGCGGAGAACGUCCGCGCAGCGCUGGCCGUCGCCCCCGGACACAUUCCCGACGCCGCGCUCAUCCACGCGGCGCGCAAGACGCGACAGCAGGCUCGUGAGCUGGGCGAUUUCGUGCCGAUAACGUCCGACAAGUCCCCCGGUCCGGGCUCCCGUCUCCGGCGAGAUGACGAUAUGGACGACGAUGAUGAUGAAGACGAGGGCAGGAUCGAGGUGCGUGGCUUGGAGCUGCCGAGCGAUAAACCCAAACGUACGACGGCGGCGGCGGCUUCGGACGAAGACAUGAACAGCGAGACGGACGAGUGGGAGGAGCAACAGAUGCAGAAGGCCGUGCCUGCUAUAGCCGAUAUCACUGCGGCGCUCGGUACCAGCGAGCUAAACCCGUUCGCGGUGGCGCCGCCGCCGCCGCCGCGCGCGGAUGCGCCGCAGUUGCGCGCGUUACUGGCGCCUGGCCGCGCGGCUCCCGCCACCGCACACGACCUGGUUGAUGCGCUGCAGGAAAGGUUGUCGGAGCUAAGCGCGAGUCGCGGCUCGGCGCUGGAGCGUCGCGAGCGCUGCCGCGAGCGGCUGGUGGGGGCGGCGCGCGUGCGGGAGUCCCGUGCGGCGCGCGCGCCCGCACUCGACGCCGCCUACCGCCGCGCGCAGGCCGUGCGCGGGUACGUCACUGACCUCAUUGAGUGCCUCGACGAGAAGAUGCCGCAGCUGGAGGCGCUGGAGGCGCGCGCGCUGGCGCUACACCGCCGCCGCUGCUCGUACCUGGUGGAGCGGCGCCGCGCCGACGUGCGGGACCAGGCGCACGAUGUACUCGCACUGGCUGGUCGUGGCGGUGUAGCACGUGCGCCCGAAGACCCAGAGGCGGCGCGUCGCGCGGCGGAGCGCGAGGGGCGGCGGCGCGCGCGGCGGCUGAAGCGCGAGGCGGCGGGCGCGGCGCACCGCGACGGCGACUCCAGCGACGACGACCUGCCGCCCGCUACUGCGCACGCACUCAACGCCACCGCAGAGGAGAUACGUCGCGAGGCGGGCGCGCUGUUCGCGGACGCACUGCCGGCGUGGCGCGGCGUGCGCGGCGUGUGCGCGCGGCUGGCCCGCUGGCGGCGACGCGCGCGCGCGCUCUACGCCGACGCCUACCUCGCCGACAGCCUGCCGCAGCUGCUCGCGCCCUACGUCAGACACCAGUUGAUCCUGUGGAACCCGCUCGCCGAUGAAGACAACGAGGAUUAUGAGAAAAUGGACUGGUACAAAUGCCUGGUGAUGUACGGCGUGCGGUCAGACAAGGUGUCGAGCGACUCCGACCAGUCGUCCGACGAGGAGCCGGCGUCGGUGUCGGAGGAGGCCGUCCGCUCUGACCUCGACCUCAUGCUGGUGCCCACCAUCGUUGAUAAGGUUGUCCUACCCAAGGUCACCGAGCUAGUAGAGCAGGCAUGGGACCCGGUGUGCGUGCGGGCAUGCGUGCGCCUGCGCAGCAUCUUAUGUCGCGCGCUGGAGCUGCCGCGCGCUAGCUGCCUGCCGCGCCUCGCCGCCGCCGCGCACGCAAGACUCGCCGCUGCCAUCGCCGCCGACGUGUUCCUGCCCGCGCUGCCGCCGCACAUCGUGGAGGGCCCCGGGGGCGUGUUCUGGCGGCGCUGUCUCGGCGGCGGCGUGCGGCUGCUGCGCGCGACGCUCGCACUCUGCGCCCCGCCCGCGCCGCUGCACGCUGACCCGCUCGCGCUUAAACUCAUCGACAUGCUGAGCAUGGCGGCGGGCGCGGCGCCGGGGCCGCAGAUGGCGGGCGCGGCGGCGGCGCUGGCGGACACGCUGCCCCGCGCGGGCGAGCUGCGGCGUCGCGCGCUACGUCGCCUCGCCGCGCUCGCGCAGCUGGCGGCGUCGCGACUGCAGACAGACAACCCGCUACAUCUGAAAGCCUUAGAACAAACGAGAGCUAUACUAGCCGAAGCCAAAUCUGUUGAGUAGAAAACGUGCAAGCUGCUUAUUUAUCACCAAGGAAAAAUAGGGACGAAGUAUCUAACAAAAUGGAGCAAUUUUCGUUAUUUAUGCAUUCACAGUGCGAUUUCUAAACUGAAGCAUGCUAUUACAUGCAUCUGAUUUGAUGACAUUUGGUGUAUCAAUACAUCAAGUGUCAUAAAACCAGAUGCAAAACAAAGACAUACAAAAUAAAGACUUAAAAACUAUUUUUGUUUUAGGUUAUUUUGUGUAUCAAGCAAUAUUAUCUCCUUAUUUAUAUAACUUGACUAUAUAUUUCUAAUAGGGUCAUAUUGUGUUACGAAAACAUCCAAUAAAUUAUAUUUUGUGAUAUACAUUAUACAUAAUAUUGUACAC